AUGCGCACGAGGAGAGCGUGUACGCGGUGGCGUGGGGCUAUCCGUGACCGCACGCGAUGGGCGCUUUCGUGCGGCCGUGUUCGAUCUGGACGCUCGCCGCGCCAAAGUCCGGUGGUGCCGAACUCAUCCGCUGGCCCAGUGGCUGCUCUGCCUCUUCCGCUGCUCCUUCAAGUG